UCCGCAUCCUUCCACUUCUUAAGUAAGGGACUCACAGAGAAGGCACGGGCUGUCUCUUACCCAUCUCCCUUCUGCAAACAGAAAACCACAAGAUUCAGACACUAAGGGUUGGUGAUGGAGAGUUUGCUGGACAACCCCAUGAAAGCCGUGCUUUAUCUCAAAGAGCUGACGACCAUCGUGCAAAACCAGCAGAGCCUCAUACAGACACAGAGGCAGAGAAUCGACGAUCUCGAGAGGAAGGUGCAGGACCUGAUUGGAGAAAACCGGCGCCUGAGAGACCCGCAUCAGCCGCAUCAGCACCAUCAGCACCACCAGCAUCAGCAGCCGCAGCCGCAGCAUCAGCACCCGCCUCCUCCUCCACCACCGAGGAGCAGCAGCCCGCCGCCAGCCUCCGGGCCGCAUCCUCCACCGGGCCAGGCAUCGCAGCAUCAGCCUCCUCCGCCGGUCCAUCAUCACCACCACCCUCAUCAUCACCACCAUCACCCGUCUCCGCCGCGACAGCUGCAGCUGAUCCCCGCCGCCCCCGCGAGCAGCGCCGGCUCUCCGCCUGAGGAGCGCGAGGAGCGCGCGAGGAGCCCGCGGUGCAGGUCGCUGGUCCCGCAGCCGCCUGUGAGCCUCUGCCGCUCGGCCGGACUCGCCAGGAAAGCCGAGAGCCAGACGGUGCUGCACCAGUUUUGCUGUCCUGCACCAGACGCUCCGGACGCUCCUGAGCCCGACUCUCAGGCCUGUGUACCCAGCAGUGAAGACACUCCUUCCGGGUCUCCCGACGGCCCCGCGCCACCUCCGGAUGGAGAUGUCUCUACACCACCUGCUGAUGGAGGAGGGGGGGAUGGAGGAGGAGAUCUGGUACGAGAGUCUCCAGAGCCAGUGGUGGUGGUGGAGGUGGAGGUGGAGGUAAAAGUGAAAGAAAAAGAGAAUGAGAAAGAAGGGACGAAUGCCAAGGCUGAGUCCCCAGAGCAGCAUCAGCAGCAGGAGAAGCUAGAGGAGGAAGGAAAGAAAGAAACCGAGGAAGAGGAGGCUGGAGGUGGGAGGGGAGGUACAGGAGGAGGAGGCAGGAGGCCCAGUCUGCACCACACCGCAUCCUCUCCUAUGAGGGUGCAAAGGAACGGGGCCUGCAGCCAUGCCAGUGCUUCUGACUACGAACUCUCACUUGACCUCAAAAACAAGCAGAUCGAAAUGUUAGAGCACAAAUAUGGGGGCCACCUUAUCUCGCGCCGUGCCGCCUGCAAAAUCCAGACGGCUUUCCGCCAGUACCAGCUCAGCAAGAACUUUGAGAAAAUCCGCAACUCCCUGCUGGAGAGCCGGCUUCCUCGCCGAAUCUCCCUGCGCAAGGUUCGUGUUCAGAAUGCCGAAGGCUUCUCAGCUGAGAGGGCGCUGGCCGAAGGCUGCUCGGUUGCAGGCAUCCCCCUAGUCCGGUCCCCAUCGCUGCCUGUUACUGUUGGUGGCACCCUUACAGACCUGGAAGACUCCUUUACAGAACAGGUACAGUCACUAGCCAAGUCCAUUGAUGAUGCCCUUAGCAACUGGAGUAUGAAGACCAUGUGCUCUUUGCAGGAGGGAGGCACCUACCAGUUUAGUUCGGAAGCUUUUGGGAAGCCUACAGUGGCUGUUACUGUUGGGGAGAGUGGUACCUUGAAUCAGGCUACUCUUCAGAGUAGUGCAGUUUUGGAAGACAAUACAGAUAACAUCUCUCGUAGUGCCAGCAAGCUAAUGAUGGCCUUCCGAGAUGUGACGGUGCAGAUUGACAGUCAAAACUUUCAUGUGUCCUCUUCCGUCAUGGAGUCCUCCACAUCAGUGUCUCUUGGAAACUGUGUCCAGCAGGGGGCCACAGUGACCGACACCCCAAAACAACCCCUAAUAGGAGAAACAAGACACCUAGAACAGCCUCCACCUCCACAGGAACCAAUUCCUCCACCCCCAGAACCAGAUUUGGGAGAAAUACCAGAUAGUGAUUUCCCAGCACCACCACCCUGCGAUGAGGAAUUUAUGGAAGAUCUAGGAAUGCAACCUCUUGCCCUGGAGAAGACAGAUGUUCCAGUGCCAGAGGUUCCAUCCCUAGGUGAGACUAUAGAAGAGGCCAUACCUCCAGUGGGACAGACUCCAGUCGCACCCACUGUGGAGGUUCUGGAGGCCAAGCGACAACUUUCAGACCCAGCUGACAAUAGCUCAGAGCAGAUGAGCAGCAGCAGCACAUCAACAUCUGCCCGUUCAGCUUCUGAGGCCUCAUCUAAGGAAGCGCUGCAGACCAUGAUGCUCAGCCUGCCACGCUACCACUGUGAGAACCCAAGCAGCUGCAAAUCACCUACUCUCUCCACAGAUGUCAUGCGCAAACGCCUAUAUCGUAUUGGUCUCAACCUAUUCAAUGUAAAUCCAGAUAAAGGCCUCCAGUUUCUCAUCUCACGAGGUUUCAUUCCUGAUACACCCAUAGGCGUCGCACACUUCCUGCUGCAAAGGAAGGGCCUGAGCCGGCAGAUGAUCGGCGAGUUCCUCGGCAACAGCAAGAAGCCCUUCAAUAGAGACGUCCUGGAUUGUGUAGUAGAUGAAAUGGAUUUCUCCGGGAUGGAGCUGGAUGAGGCUCUGCGAAAGUUCCAGGCUCACAUUCGUGUUCAGGGCGAGGCGCAGAAAGUGGAGCGGCUCAUCGAAGCAUUCAGCCAGCGCUACUGCAUGUGCAAUCCAGAUGUGGUGCAGCAGUUCCACAACCCAGACACUAUUUUUAUUCUAGCCUUUGCCAUAAUCCUCCUCAACACGGACAUGUACAGUCCCAACAUCAAGCCUGACCGCAAGAUGAUGCUGGAGGAUUUUAUUCGUAAUUUAAGAGGGGUGGACGAUGGAGCGGACAUCCCUCGGGACAUGGUGGUGGGCAUUUACGAGCGUAUUCAGCAAAGAGAGCUCCGUUCUAAUGAGGAUCACGUAACUUAUGUCACCAAGGUGGAGCAGAGUAUCGUCGGAAUGAAGACGGUCCUCUCAGUCCCUCACAGAAGAUUGGUGUGCUGUAGUCGCCUUUUCGAAGUGACUGACAUUAACAAAGCCCAGAAACAAGCCUCUCACCAGAGGGAAGUCUUCCUCUUCAAUGACCUUAUUGUGAUUUUGAAGCUGUGUCCAAAGAAGAAGAGCUCAGCUGCUUACACAUUCUGCAAAGCCAUGGGCCUCCUGGGGAUGCAGUUCCACCUGUUUGAGAAUGAAUACUAUCCCCAUGCGAUAACCAUUGUGUCUCCGGUUUCUGGCUCAGAUAAGAAGCAGGUCUUGAAUUUCUGUGCUCAGAGCUCAGAGGAGCUGCUUAAGUUUGUAGAGGAUUUGAAGGAGUCCAUCGCCGAGGUGACCGAAAUGGAGCAAAUACGCAUUGAAUGGGAGUUGGAGAAGCAGCAGGGAGCCAAGACUCUCUCUUCUAAGAACAAUGGCACCCAACUGGAGCUCCGUGGGAGACAGAGCUCUCCUUCGGGCAAAAAUGAAGCUGAGACAGCGCAGACUGGACACAGUGCGGUAGAGGUGUCAAUUCACAACAGGCUUCAGACGUACCAGCUCAGUGCAGUGCCAACCCCAGAGAGCGCCGUCCAUCUUAACCAGCGGGGGGAACUGGGCCAGGCGCCAUGCGUCAGCCCUACGCCCUCAUACGCCCACCAGCGGCCCGACACGCUCAUCCAGUGCCAGCAGAUUGUCAAGGUCAUCGUGCUGGACAAAGGAGGUCAUGGGCAUGUUGAGGCCCUCCUCGGUCAGAGCCCCACCCACCAGCUUAUCUCCUCACCUGAUGGGGGCGGAGCCCAGCGGGAAAAUGAUGGGUCUCAGCCUCCGCUACCUCCGCCUCCUCCACCUUACAACCAUCCUCAUCAGUACAUCCCCCCUGAUCCCCGAUUAUCCCUGCAUAGGACCCUGAGUGGCUCUCGAAGUAUAGUGUAGAGCUUAAAAGAGAAAAUACCACUGGAAAAAAAAUCUACAUAGAUAACCAUGUGCUUACCAUUCGUGUAUAUAUGUAAACAUACAGAGAAAUAUAAUGGAAAGACGAAGAAAAUACUCACAUAUAAAUACAUAUAUUUAAGGUAAACGAAUUUUAAAAAAUAAAAAAGGUGUGUACUUUAUUAUCUUUGCAAAUAUGUGAACAAUGCAGUGAAAAGAAAAUUUACUUGAUUCAAGCCGAUUUUGAAAAAACAAAAUGUAGUUUUAAAAUACAGUAUAUCUUUGUCACUUUGAACUCUAACAGGUUGUACCAGUUAUUAUUUGAAGAAAAAAAAUGCUCUGGUAUUUUUAGUGAUGUAUCAGAAGAAAAAAAAAAUUAAGAUUAAUGUAAUCAAAAACCGCCCAAUUCGACAGGACAUCCUGUCUCUUUUAUUACCUUACUGUAAAACCUGUUGUGUGUAUAUGCGAGCACUAAACUGAUGGGUGACAUAUGUGCCAAAAUACGAAAAAAAUAAGAAAAGAAAAUAUUUUAACUGCAAUAUUUUGGUCCACAUUGUGUUCUUUUAAAAUGCGGAUCUAUACCAAACCUUGUUAUUGCUCAACAUUAAAAAAAAAAAAAAAAAACUUUCAUUCCUCUGCUUUCAGCCAAUCACAUAUAGUUGUCUAGAACUCUUUGCAUCUGCUAUUGCUCUUUUGCUCAGGAACUCUAGGACGUAUAUGAACAUGUAGCAUCUCAGAAAGUAGGUGACACUAACAAAGAGGACUUUUUAAUCCCAGCUUCCCUUUUUGCACACAUGAGUAUCUGCUUGGCAUUCUGUGAACCAAUUUUAAAAGCAGCAUAAUGACUUGGACUGUUUCCUGAUUCAUUGACACACAUUUCUUCUCUAUGAUCAGCACUUACAGGAUAUAUUAAACCCUUAAAUAUAUUGGACCUUAAGUUCACGUAGCGUCAUUGUUUUUUUGUUUGUUUGUUUUUUUCCCCAUAAGUAUAACUUUCCUUAUCUUUUGAUGUGACACUUAAAACAAGAUGAGCAUUUUUGGGAGAAAAUAGUCAGAUUAUAAUGUUAGUUUUCUGUUUCUUUAGUCUCAUUUGAAAUGUAUGUGGAAUGGGUGGUGGGUGCAAGGGCCUGUUUUGUUUUGUACUAAAUGUAAAUAUCAUAUUCUGCAUCUGAGUAAGGUGUUCAAACUGUUUCCGUUCUGGUAAAUGUUACCGUUUUUUUUUUUUUUUUUUUUCCUCUCAUCUCAGACAGGUCAUUGUCUGCCUGGUCUGGAAGUGUAUUAAUCAUAAUCAUCAACGAUAUGUCUUGAAUAGGUGUUCAUAUAUAUCAUGUUGAGUGAAAGGUUGGGUUAUAAUUACACUGCUGCUGUUCAAUGCUCCCUAUCUGAUCCAGUUCCCAUGUUUCAUUUCACACACAUUUCCAUUCAAGGUACUGGAUAUGUGACCGACCAAAUCUUCUCUGAGCUCGUCUGUAGCUAGAGUUGAUUUACUGGACCUGACUUGUUGAUUGGAUGGUGUCAGACUCCUUAUUCCCAUCUCUGUCACCUCUUUCACCCUACCUAUCAGACCACUGCUCCGUAUAUCUCCAAAAAUAAAACUAAAUUAACAAAUAAGGUACAUAAUAGACCUCAGUCUUUCGUCAAGGAGAACCCCGUCCUCUCUUAUUCCACCUGGUUUGAAGUUUAAGUUGCAGGCAUUGCUUCAUAGAGCUGAAAUGCUUCUAAAAUUCGAGAUUAAAAAAUAUAAAAAGAACAUUAGACAUGGUUCUGCAGUCUUCAAAGCAUAUACAGUAGUUCCCCCAAAGUUGAAUCGCUUGCUUUCUGUGUGUGUGAAAUAUUGGAUGAAUGACAUUUAUUUUUUCAGAAGGUGAAAACCUCCCAAUAAACUCUACACAGCUCUUGCUUCCCUGAGUGUAUAGUGCCUGAACGAUAUAACCACACUUUAUGUGCUUAUAGGGUAUAUGAUAUUUAAGUAGAGUCACAGCAAAUGCAGCCAAAGGCUACGAUGCUAUUGCUAGCUCUGGAUUAUUUGACUGAUACUGAAAGGGCUAGUAUACUGAGUAGCUGCCUUUAAAUAACACUGAUUUUUUGCAUCGGCCUAGCAGGGUGUGCUUACGGGGCUCUGACAUUUGAACCAUGUUUUUCCCAUUUGCUUUGACCCAUUUUCUUCUUUGUCUGUGUGUUAUCCACAUGCUAAUAAAAUAAAAAU